AUGUCGGAUAGUCGGGCCCAGACCGGUGUCCGGAGCCUGCUGGCCCGUUUUGAGAACAACAAUAAUAACAACUCAUCAACCUCUCCCCCCUCGAGAGGCCGCUCACCAAUCGACACCGACCUCUCCGGCUCCGUCCGCCCUCUCUCCAAGGUCAGAGCAAACUUCGUAGCCGUCGAACGCACUGGACGGCCUGGAUCUGCUCCUAUGUGGGGGUUGAGAAAGACUUCGGAUGUGGAUAUCAACACUACCAAUCAUAUCAAUAACACCAAUAAUUCGCCUGGGAAACUCGAAAGAACCACGAAAGCCGGUGUCGAAGAACUGGGCAGCCCAAUGGAGAUGUCGUCGGGCGAUAGCGUGGAUAAGGGAAUUAUGAGCAAUUCUUUGGCUUUCUCGGCUCCAGAUAAUAAUAAUAUUAAUAAUAACAUUGUCAGCAUUGAAGAUGGGGUUAUCAAUCGACCUUGGGCUGCUAAGCUACCCUCUAAAUUUACAGAUUCCCCUCCACCGAAAAUACAUCCUACUUCAGCAGAUAUUUUGGUGACCGCUACUUCUGCGACGGAAGGGAAACCGGAACCGGGCAAAAACGCAUCGAAGGGUGACUCACAAGUGGAUAAGCCUCAGGGAGUGGAUACGGCGCUAUUGGCUGCUUCUCGUUUGAAUGGGAAUCCCCGAAGCAAAGAUUCACCCAAGAAGACCCGUAUUUCGACGAAUCCAUCCGCACGUCCUCCAAAUAUUGUCAUUGAAAAUGAUGUCAAUAAGGCAGCGGCCAAGAAGUCGUCGCCAAACGAGCUGAAAUCGCCUUUCCCUCGAUCACCAAGGACACCAACGACAACUACAUCACACACUAACGCCAAACCUACACCUCGUAGCACAUCAGCCAAAGGGUCAGACAACCUUCACACAGCAGCGAAACAACCUAAUCGAGCAGCGGCGGGGAAACCCACAUCAAACCCCAAAUCAACCAUUUCUGCUAGGGAAAAGGCAAUAAAACCCUCUACCGAGAACCCUCCCAGUGACUCUAGAUCCCGUACAAGAUCUCCAACACGCCCCGUCCGUCUUCCAAAUUCAGUGAUCGCACCAACCGCAUCUUCUGCAGCGAAACUAAACCCAGAUGGCCGCCCAGCCAGCCAAGCGGACACAAACACAACAAAACUCAACCGCAAAUCAUCCAGUCUAAGAAGCGAUCGAAACUCAAUUUCCUCAAGAGCAACCGCACCAAACGCACCUACAGUGCAGAAACAGCCCUCUCGAGCCUCCUCCUUGGCUCCCCAGCAGAAUACAUCCCACGACAGGCCCCGAUCACGCUUAGGCAACCCCCCCAGCACCACAACCCGUCCGGCUGAUGAGUCGUUCUUGGCUAGAAUGAUGCGUCCCACUGCAAGUUCUGCAAGCAAGAUGCAUGAGAAGAUUGAAAUCAAGAGUCCACCUCGGGGAUCUGUACCGCCAAAACCACGGAGAAAGAGUGGAGAUAGUGCAAGUAGCCAUACGAGCAUGACCGCGGCGUGUGUGCCGCCCUCUUCGAAGAAGAGAGUUGUCAAAGCUGUGCAGACACUGUCGAAUGGGCAUGUAGAACCGCAUAAGAAGCAGGAGCCAGAUGGCACUCAAGCUGAGGCUGUACCUGCUGCUGCGGCCGCGACUGAGGUUGAGGUUGAGGUUGCGGUUCAGAAGCCUAAGCCUGAACCUGCCGUAGUUAAGCCCGUGCCUGAUACUGUGCCCGAAAUCGCUGCUUCUAAAGCUGAUCUUCCCAUUUCGCCUACUUCUGAGCCUGCUGACUUAGAGCCAUCGGUCAAGGCGGAAGUCGAGCCUGAACCAGGCUUUUCUGAGCCCACUGUUGCUGGUCCUCUCAUCCCUGAGCCCAUCCCGUCCCCUUUGGCAGAGAAAGCAGAAGCUCCCGCGGUCGAAGUGGAUCCCGCAAACAUCCCAUUACCCGAAGCCACCGAAAUUGUUGAUCUAUGA